AUUACCCAAUGGGUAUGGCCAUCCCUAACUGUACCCGCACCAGUUGCUUCCUAGCUCCUCACUAGAAAAUCACCAACAACUCACACAAAACAAAGUCAAAGAUUCUCACUUCACACACAACGAGGAUGAGUAGAGAGGAGAAGGUGUUAUGCGUGACUGGAGCUUCGGGUUACAUAGCUUCAUGGCUUGUGAAGCUCCUACUCCAACGUGGGUAUACUGUAAAAGCUACAGUUCGUGACACAAAUGAUCCCAAGAAAACAGAGCAUUUACUUUCACUUGAUGGAGCUAAAGAAAGACUUCAGUUAUUCAAAGCAGAUUUACUAGAAGAAGGAUCUUUUGAUUCUGCAGUUGAUGGAUGCCAAGGUGUUUUUCACACAGCAUCCCCUGUUAUUUUCACGGCCAGUGACCCACAGUCACAGUUAAUUGAUCCAGCAGUGAAGGGCACACUUAACGUUCUUCGAUCAUGUGCAAAAGUUCCUUCUAUCAAGAGAGUGAUUGUAACAUCUUCCAUGGCUUCAGUUAUGUUCAACAAAAAACCCUUGACUCCUGAUGUGGUUAUUGAUGAGACUUGGUUUUCGGAUCCAGUUGCUUGUGAGGAGUUGCAGCAAUGGUAUGUGCUUGCAAAGACCUUGGCUGAGGAGGCUGCUUGGACAUUUGCUAAAGAGAAUGGCAUUGACUUGCUAACAAUAAAUCCAGGCUUUGUAAUUGGACCGCUCAUACGGCCAACACUUACUUCUAGUAUUGAGACGUUUCUGAAGAUUAUUAAUGGAACCCAAGUUUUCUUUAAUGGAAUAUAUAGACUUGUUGAUGUUAGAGAUGUUGUAAAUGCACAUAUUCAGGCAUUUGAGAUUCCUACUGCUAAUGGGAGAUAUUGUUUGGUUGGAGGAGUUACACACCAUUCUAAAUUUUUUGAUAUAUUGCACAAAUUUUACCCUAGUUUGCGCCUACCUAAAAAAGGUGAAGAUGACAAGCCUUUGCAACCAUUAUACAAGAUAUCCCAAGGCAGGGCCAAGAGUUUGGGUAUUAGCUUCAUUCCUAUGGAAGUGAGUGUUAGGGACACUGUUGAAAGCUUCAAGGAGAAUGGCAUCCUCACUGUCUGAAUAUGUUAUUAAAAGGGAAGUGAUUCAAAUAAGUACAAAUAAUUUGUGUAUUGCCCAUACUGACUAAUGUUUGUUGGGCUUGAAGGUUCCCAUCAUGUCAAGAUAUAUAAAUUGUAAUGCUUUUGGAAAUAUUUUAGCUGCAGAACUUCUAAAUCAAGUUUUACUCAAUCAGAAAUGAGAUAUUGAAUUUAAAGUCCAA